GCGGGGGAAGCAGGCCUGGGGGGCGCCCCCUCCCCUCGGCUGACAGGGUGCCUGAGAGCCCCGCUCCCCUCCCCCCCACCGAGAGGCAGCUGCGUCGCUGCCCUUGGGGUUGCUGAGGGGCGCCUCCCGGCCUUACGGGACCGCGUGGAGCUUUCUUAAAAGGGGCUGAGAAUGGAGCCGCCUCUGGGUGGGCGUCGGCGCCCAAUGUGCUGUUGACAUCUUGUUACCUAUCUUCACAAAGAGGUCCUAGCCGUUGUAACCCCCAUCCCCACCCCAUCUAUAAUCUAGAACAUGCGGUGGUUUUAGUUCCGUGGGCUUCGGCUGUAGUUGCAGAAAGUGUUAGGGACUAGCCUCUUGCAACAGGGAUCAGAGCCUCGUGGCAUUUGAAGGGGUGACACAGUCAAGCCCCCUGGAUCAUGAGAGCUUAUGUCACAAUCGCUGUUAGUCUUUGAAGGAAGUUGACAAGUCUCUGUUUUCAGGGUUGGCCCGGCCCAAGACGUUUUGCUGCCUGAGCAGUGAUCAGGAUUUUUUUUGUAAAAAGAUACUUAAGUAAAUUCUAAGGUACUUUGCAUUAGCAAAUGUUUGGCUGCCCUGUGUUGGGAGUUGUAGCCCAACAACAUCUGGAGGGCACCAGGCAGGCAAAGGCUGCCCUAAAGAGUGAUCUAAUUUAGUACAUUUGUUUUACUUUUAUUUCAUAAGAUGCUUUGGCUGUGUACAGUAAAGCUAACCAACUGAAUAUAUUCCAUAAGCAAUGCUAAGAAGGUUGAAGCUGCCAGGCUUACUUAUUUGUAGUUUGCAUCCAUUCACCGUUACUGGUGAAAUUAUUUCUGGAAAAAGUAUCCACCCUACAUCACUGUGCUUCGGGAGAGCAGGAACAAUGAAACUCUCACCCUGUCCUGCUCCUGUUGGAGUGUACUGUAUAAGAAACAAGACUGGCAAAGUUAUGUUGACACUUGAGACAGAAACUCCCACAGGCAUUUCUUCUCCUUUAUGGCAGUAAAAAUGCAAUAAUAAAUUAACUAAAGAACCAUUUGCUGCCCCCCCAGUUGACCAAAAUUCCACUCUGCUGAUCCUGUUUGUGUUGUGUUUGCCGCAACAUACUGCUAUCCACUUGAGAAGUUGUAUCUUGGAACUUUGCUGUGAUUUUUAAAUUUUGUUUUAUACUACUUCAUCCCAUACCACACCACCUACUUGUGGGAUAAGAUAGACUGCAAGCGAGAGUGGCAGCCCAAGAUCACACAGGGGCCUUCAUGGCUGAGUGUGACUUUGAAUCUGGGUCUUCCCAGUCUUAGGCCGGUACUCUGAGCAGUGGUGCAUGGUUCUCUCCUGUCCCCUUUUCUCCUUGGCUACAAUCCUGUGAAGUACAUGAGGUGCUGAAUUAUCCAAGUUCACCUAGUAAACAUUGUAGCUGAGCAUGGAUUUGAAGAACACCCAGCACUUUUAUAUUACAGUCACACCUCGGGUUAAGUAUGCUUCAGGUUGAGUACUUUCAGGUUAAGUACUCCGCGGACCCAGAAGUGCUCAUUUCCGAGUUCCGCUGCAUGCGCAGAAGCAAUCUGUGUGCUAUGCGCAGAAGCGUUCUGUGCUCUAUCGGCACUUCACGCAUGCGCUCUAUCGCCACUUUUUGGGGUGCGAAUGGCACCCCGGAACCAAUUAAGUACUUAAUCCGAGGUACUACUGUAAAUGUUGAUUUUUAAAAUCUGGAAUACUGUCUUUUUUAUUUUAUAGUACAGUACAUUAAUUAUGGCCUUCAUUUUAUGGAUCAAUGGUCUCAUUAGACCAGGCAUCCCCAAACUUCGGCCCUCCAGAUGUUUUGGACUACAAUUCCCAUCUUCCCUGACCACUGGCCCUGUUAGCUAGGGAUCAUGGGAGUUGUAGGCCAAAACAUUGGGAAGGCCGCAGUUUGGGGGUGCCUGCAUUAGACAGUAAAAUGUGUGUUAAAUUGCUGUUUUAGGGGGUGUUUUUCAUCGUCUGGAAUGGAUUAAUCCACUUUCCAUUGCUUUCAAUGGGAAAGUUCACUUCAGGUUAAGUAUGGACUUCCGGAACCAAUUAAGUACUUAACCUGAAGUACCACUGUCAUCAUCCCUCUGCAAAUUGUUUUGUGGUCACACACACACACAGAGGACACAUGACAAAGCUGGGGUGGAGAGAGCAGCACCUGUUGAAUAUAUCACACGUGCAGCUUUUUAAAGGGCACAGGAUACCAGAUUUCAAAGAAGGGACUGUUCAUAAGCAUGAAUUGUACCAGGAAGGAGUACAGUUCUUCCUUUAGCAGAACUGUGACAUAAAUGUCAGCAGCCCUAGAAGGAUGUGGCCUGAAGCGUUUGACAAUAUAUUCAUUCAAUUCUGCCAUCAUCAGGCUUCCCUUGUGAUGCCUUCCUUCCUUCAUGUACAUUGAGUACCAUGAAUAGGUUUUAGCUGCUCUCUGAUUCACAGUUGAUUCACAGCUAACAUACUUUAACUUUCAUACCUACUUUUUAUAUGUCAAAUAAGCUUACAUCUGGAGCUCUGGUUCUAAUCAUUACUGAUUGAGAGUGCAGAACAGGGGCAGUCAUAAAUUAUCUGUCAUUAUUCUGAAAUAGUAGCAUGACUUUAAAUUCCUUAACAAAUAAUUAACAUCAUGAACUCAGAAGAAAAUUGAAUAUGCUGACUCGACCAAGUGGACUUACCAUUGACGACUCUCAACUUGAUGGGCCUUUGUUACAAAUUUUAUUUAUGAACAAUACUGUUUCAAAGCAAUAUCAUCAAGAAAUAGAAGAUUUUAUAUCUUGUUUAGUUCAAAAAUAUGAGGAGCAACAAAGUGCUGAAUCUGACAAGACCUACUUCAAUGUUAAGCCGCAGCCUUCUAGUUUUAUGUUGGAAGAAGACCAUAAAGUGACAAUCUCAAAUACAUCAAAAAAAAUCAAGGAGGCCUUUAGUGUUGUAGGAAGUGUUCUCUAUUUUACCAAUUUUUGUCUUGAUAAACUGGGGCAGCCUAUAUUAAAUGAAAACCCUCAGCUGACAGACGGAUGGGAAAUACCCAAAUACCAGCAAGUUUUCACGCAGAUUCUUUCUCUAGAUGGACAGGAGAUACAAGUAAAGCCUAAAAGCAGGCCAAAAUCUCACUGCUUCAAUUGUGGCUCUGAAGACCACCAAAUGAAAGAUUGUCCACAGCCACGAAAUGCUGCCCGUAUAAGUGAAAAAAGGAAGCAGUUUAUGGAUGCUUGUGGGGAAGCAGGAAACCAAAACUUCCAACAGCGGUACCAUGCAGAUGAAGUUGAAGAAAGGUUUGGAAGGUUCAAACCAGGAAUAAUUAGCGAGGAACUUCAAGAUGCACUUGGUGUCACUGACAAGACUCUUCCUCCUUUCAUCUAUCGAAUGCGGCAACUGGGCUAUCCCCCAGGUUGGCUCAAGGAAGCAGAAAUGGAAAAAUCUGGACUAACACUCUAUGAUGGAAAGGCAUCUCCUGGUGGUGAAACAGAGGCGGAAGAAUAUUACCAACAGAAUUGGCGUGUCACUUAUGAUGUCUCUAAGUUGAUAAACUAUCCAGGUUUUAAUAUGUCCACUCCAAAUGGAGUAACAGAUGAAUGGAGGAUGUUUGGUUCCGUACCCCUUCAGCCCAGUCAGCAGAAGGAUAUCUUUGCCCACUAUCUUUCUACCUAUCAUUCGUCGAGCCCAAAGUCCAGCAAUAAAAGAUCUUCAUCUCACCAGAACUCUCAUCAUCCAAAAAGACAGAAAGGACACAGUGCUGAAGUAUCAUCAGCUGACAUGGAGAUGGAUUCUGACUUUGAAGCUCCACACAGUUCUCCUGGCUAUGAUAGCUUCCAGUUCCAACCUCCACUGCCUCCAGGGUCACCACUGAAUGCCACUCCUCCCCCAUUGCCACGUGGGACCCCUCCAUGUACUCCCCCCAACAUUACCCCUCCACAGCUUCCUCCAUGUAUUCCCCUACCAGUUUCCCGUGAUACUCCACCUUUGACUCCUUCCAGUGAUUCUGCUCCACUGAGAGCAGAGGGCUCUGCUACGGAUGAAGACACUUUAACACUGGAAGAGCUUGAGGAGCAGCAGCGCCUCAUUUGGGCAGCCCUGGAGCAAGCAGAUAGUGCAAACAGUGACUCUGACAUACCUGGAGAGAAUCCUUUAACAGGAAACUCUGUAGCCUCAUCACCAUCUCGAGCCGAGUCAGACAUUUUCCCAGAAGAAAUAACAUGCAAGAAGCUGGAUGUAUUGGAACUUGGGACUUCAGACAACAGUGAACAGGUACUCAAAGCAGAAGAGUCCGAAAAGAAACAGAUUUCAGGUGAUGAACCGAUUGAUUUGACAGACAAUGAAGAACCGAACCACAUGGAUUCUGAAGGCAGUGUGGAGAACUGCCCCUCAACCUCAGUGUCCAGGGAAAGCCAGAGUGACACUCCUGUGGUCAUCAGUGCUGAGGUGCCCAAAAAUGCCAGCCCUGUCCCUGACAUGAGCAAGUUUGCUGCUGGGAUAACACCUUUUGAAUUUGAUAACAUGGCUGAAUCUACUGGGAUUUACCUCCGAAUAAGAAGUGUGCUAAAGAACUCUCCUAGGAACCAGCAGAAAAGCAAGAAGGCUUCCUCCUAGGUGCCCUGUGACUACUGCGGCACGCUUGCACCCAAAAGAAACUGACUGGCCAAUUAACUUUGGAUACUACUCUGUACUUACU